ACACGGCGACUGGCGGUGUUUGAGUUGAUCAUGGGCGCCAAACGCAAAAGCCCAGCUUCGACCAAGCAGAAGCACGAACCGCUUCCUCCUCCUAAGCGGGCCCGCACCAUCGAGGCAGCGGAGUUCACCGGCACCCAGUUCAAGUCCAUGCUGCGGGACCCCAGCGCCGCCAUGAAGGGUUUGGAAACAUUUAUAUCCAUAGCUAAAUCGUUACCAUCAACAGAACAGUAUGAUGUUGUAGAAGGAUAUGUAAAAGUUUCUGUUGAAUGUGCAGAAAUUUUAAAACUUUUGGAUGGUGAAAGGCGUCCUGAAAGUGAGAUGCUGCUAAUCUUUCAAGCUCUAGAAAGCAUCUUGCUGCGAACGGCAAGUGAUCUGUCCUAUUUUCAUGUUGUGGGGAUGAACAUAGUAAAGAAGUUGAUCAAUAGCUACAUGAAAUUAAUUUAUGCUGCUCUGUACUCUGAAGGUCACAGAAUGUCUCGCCUGUGCCUCACUUUGCUAUCAGCGAUGGUGACGCAGGGGCCAGAUGCUGCAAGGGAUAUCUACAGCCACUUCGAUUUCAAUAAUAAAUUCCUACCUAGUUUAGUGAAGAAGAGGGAUUAUAAGGGCAAACCAGAUGUCCGUAUGGCAUAUAUCCAAUAUGCCCUUUCCUUUUUAAUUGCUGGCGACAACACAAUCCUUAUGCAAGUCCUGGAGUUAAAAGACUUCAUUCCAGAUAUUUUAAGAACUGGAUUAAAGGAAGAUAGAAUUUCUACAAUUAGCCUUCUACUUUCCACAUUGGCAACUAAGGUAGUUCACAAUAAAAAUAUCAGUAAGACACAGAAGGUGCGUUUUUUUACUGUUGAAGUAUUGAACCACAUUGCUUCACUCUAUCGUUGGAAUGGAAUCCCAGAUGUCAGCACUGAAGAUGUCAAGGCCUCCCAGGAUCCUGAAGAGGCAGGAAAGGUCCUUGUGAGAGAGCUGGUCCAUAAGUUUUUAAUGGAUCUCUGUUGUUCUCUGAAACAUGGCAUUAACUUUUAUGAUCCGAGUCUUGGCACAUCUGGCAGAGGAGGGAACUUGGUACUUCUGCGCUUUCUCCUGUGUCUAAAGACUGCUGUAGAAGAUGAAAUGGUUGCUGAUCUCAUGGUGAACAUUUUCAAAGUGUGCCCAGAUUUGCUGAACAGAUACUUUAAGGAGUCCCAGUAUUCUUUUGUUCCCAGACUAAAAUCAACUUGGCUAGACAAUAUGAAAUUGCUGAGGAAGAUCUAUGAGGCUCAGCCGGAGGUUUCCAAUGCUUUUAAAACUACAGAGUUUAUUCCCCUUCCUAGAUUGCUUUCGAUGGUUAUGGUGACAACCAUUCCAGCAGUGUGUAAUAAAGCCAUGUUCACCCAAGGGUUAAAUAUAGCUAAUAAAACAGUGAAACAUACAAUAUUUUCACUUCUAUCAACGGUUCUGAAAAGAGCACUGAAAAACAUUGAGUAUUGUCUGAAUGAGAAGAUAUGGGAAAAGUCAGAAAUCUAUACACCAUCCAUCAUGCAGGAAUUUGUGCAGCAAUACAAAGAAGCGCUUAGCAAGCUUUUGCCAGAUAUGACUAACAUAGUCGCCGUCUGGCAGUCGCUUCUGAAGCAAGAGAAGGAACAAGAUGGACAGAAAGGGAGACGGGAAGAUGCUGCUACUAUUGUGGAGGAAACAACGGAGGUCAACGCAACAAGUGGAGAGCAUGGCUCAGAUGAUGCAGAAACUACUCUAUUGAAAGCUGUCUUACUUCAUGUUAUAUGCCUUUACCAGCAAGCUGUUCCCCACUUAGUAGCACAGAGCAACUUUGACUUUAGCAAGUUAAUAAAAGGUAUUGUGACUGAAAAAGGACUGCGACAGGAGAUCCCUCCUGUUUUACAGCAUCACAUUCUCCAGGUGGCACUGGAAUUGCCUGCAAAUAAGUUUUCCUGGUUCAAAAUACAGGAUGAAGCCGAGAAGGUUUGUGCUGAAAGAUCCGUAUUUUAUUUACUAAUGAAAAUGUUUGUAACAAGCAACCACUCACAGCUCAAAAAAUCAACAAAGAAACUGAUUAUUAAGGUUUUGCACGACAGUGGAGUGUUUGAGUACACCUGGAAGGAACUUGAACUGUGGCUUGAACAUUUGGAUAACACAGUAGAAGUCAAAAAGGAAGCAGUGAUUCAGUUUUUGGAAAGGAUCUUGGUAAAACUGGUGACCAAUCCCUAUCCAUACACAGAUAAGGCAGCAGACAUCGUCCAGGAAGCCAGCAUUCUCCAAGCCAACUUGUUUAAACAAGACAUUGACAAUAUCAGCCUACCAAUCUCUCACAUUGACGAUGUUCUGGAUAUGAUUGACAUCCUUGUGGAAGGCAAUGAAGGCUUAAAUGAAGAAAUUGGAUCUGCCUUAAAUGAAGAAAUGAUUUUGAGCACAUUUCCAUUCAGUGCUGUUGUCCCAGCAUCUUUAGAAGCCAGGAAUAAGUUGCUUCUUGAAUCUGAUGAAAACGCAAGAGGAGAGAUCAUAGUGGAGUAUCUCAUUACUGUUUUCACUGAGCUCUUACAUUCCCAGAGAGACCCCUUAGCUCUCUGUUUGAUGUUUCAGCUCUAUGAUAAAGAACUCCAGUCUUCCUGUGCUCAGCUCUAUCUAUUCAGCCAAUACUACAGUCUUUGGAUACCACAGCAAGCUAAAGAAACCUUGUUCCAGCAAGGGAGAAGCGUGUGUGUAGAUGAAUUCUUGUCAUCGGAUUUCUCAUUUUCUUCCCUGCUGAAGAAUACUUAUCAGAAAGAUGUUGCUCUUUUGUUGGAAGAGGCCAUGAAAAAGAAGUUAAAUGAAGCUAUUUCCCAGCUCCAACCUCAGCAGCUCUUGUUGGCUUCAAAGCACGUCCUGCUUUACUUAAAAGCCACAGUGGAGAAUUUCAGCCAUUUGGGCAAAAAUUCUGGUGUUUCCCUUCUCGCUCUCUUUGUGGACCUGCUGAAGAGCCUGUUGCACAAAAGUGGUGACAUCGAAUUGUGUAGUCAGCAGGAACAGAAAAAUGCUCAAACCGAAUCUGAUCUUUUUGUGGAUGUAGAGACUGGGACAGCAGCAGAGGCUGGAAAUGACAAGAUACUGGAAGAGUUACUUUUCUUGGUCUUCAAACACCCUACGCUGGAGAAUUGGUUCUUGGCUCUGGAACAACAUUUUCUCCCCGCUCACAAUUUAAGUCCAGUGAAAGUAAAACUGCUGUCAGCUCACCUAAAUCGUGGCAUUCUUGAGUUGUUGAAGGUGGGUUACCCACUGUUCCAGCACAGGAAACAACUAGUGAUACUCUCCAGAUAUUUUGAAGCUGUCACUAAAACUGUUCUGAAGGAGUUGGAGGCCAGUAGUCAAGAAGGAUGCAAGAUAUCUCCCAGAAGAUCACUGCAGGUGGAGGCAUUGCAAGAACUACACACUUACAUGGAUACACAACAGCUAAAAGAAGUCACGUUGGCUAUGCUGCGGCUGCCCAAAGCAAGCCUGGCCACGGAGGAAUCUCAAACUGUUUCCGGAAAAGGAUCCUGCUUGAGCAUUUAUGGAGAGACUUUGGUGCAGCUCCUCACCGAGAGCUACCAAAGAGGAUCCCUGAAGGGAGACCUCUUCCUUUCAAGAGAGCACAUUCAAGGGAUGGGCAUUCUUUUGUCUACAGCGGUCACAGAGGAGCUGGAGAAAGUGUUCAUGCAUGUGAUACAGAAAGAGCCUGUCUUCGCCCAGGCAGUCGGAGUCGAUGUUCAGCUUUUCUGCCUUCAUCAUUCAACAGAAACAUCCCUUUCCAUCGUGGCUUUGCUGAUUCAGUAUUGUCGGACUCACUUGCUGCAGUUUGAGCUUUGGUGUCUGAAGCGGGGCACUGGCAAGUUCUUGAAAAAGAAUGUGGGCCUUUUUCUGCCACUCAUCAAUACAUACUUGGACUGUCGAGAGCAGCAUUUUGCACAAGCCGUUAUGUCUGUCUUUAGAGAAGCUUUGUGGUUAGAACUUCUGGAGGAUUUGCUGAGUAGAAGUUCUUCACAGCCAUUCCCUGAGGAGUGUCAAGUUCUUUUGAAGUUACUGCCACCUUCAGAAAUGGAGACAUUCAUUUAUCUGACAGAAAAAUUACCUGUAGCCCUUGAGACGGUGGGACAACACGAAUCCUGGGUGAUUGCUGAUGCUGUAUCAAAAGUCCUGGAGAACACUGAAGAGGAGUUGCAGUCAUGGAGGAAACGCCUGCUAGCUGCCUGUAUAAAAUGGCUAAUCCUCACUUACAGCAGCAGCAAAGAACAAGAAACACACUCAGGAACUGAGAGUGUCAUGCUGUCAAGGCUAGAAGAAUUACUGAACUCAGUAACGGAAGUGGUUCCAGAAGACUGGCAUAAUUUUGUGAAGAUGGGGCUCAAGUACCGUUAUAAAGAUCAGGAUUUCUUGAAAACUCUGAAUGCAGCUAUAAAUUUGUUGUACCGGAAAGAAAACUCUCUUAGUCAGAGAUUAGUCAAGCUAUCAGUCCUUUAUAUGAUGAUCACGCAGCACUCUUUAUUUUUGUCAACAAUGCUGAAGUCGCAAGAAGACAAUGACACGAAUGUUCAUGCCAGAGAAGCAUUAGUGGACAUCCUGUUGACUCUGGUAAAAGGCUGCCCUGCUGUUUGUGAGAGUAACCAUUUUGCUGUGCUGCUUGGAGCCUAUGGCGCAACGCUGAGUGUUUCAGACCAGAAGAUAUUGCAGUUACUUAAAUUGUAUGAAAAGAAUGGUCAAAGCCUUGUAAAUUUCAGAAUAUUGCUUUGGGGUCCAGCUGCUGUGGAGCAUCACAAGACAUGCAAGAGUUUGGGGAAGUCGUUGUGGCAGCAGCCAAGCAUGGAAGAAAUUCUGUGUCUGCUAGACCGAGAAAUGAUGAGAAGGACUAUUCUCCACUUCCCCCAGCAUCAGCAUCUUCUAUCCCCUGAGGAAGAACGGAUGCUCGUAAGCAAAGGCAAAAGUGAAGUGGCGCUUAAAGAUCUGUAUGAUCCUUGUUUUCUCCUUCAGCUCUUCAGCGAACUGUUGAGACCAGAAUGUGUGGUAGCAUGCCAUAAGUUUGUUGAAGUCAAUGCUUUGGGCCUGGUGGUCGCUGCCCUUAGCAGCUAUGAUCGUAACAUGCGAGCAGUGGCCUACCAUGUUCUGAGCGCUUUUCGCUCUCACCUGGAAGGGGCUCGAUUUCGAGAACAGAAGCAGUUGCUUUACCUUAUGGAUGUUGUGCAAAAUGGAAUCAGAAAACCAAAUUUCAGAUUGACUUUCCCUUUGACGCUCUAUAUAUCUAGAGUAGCCCAGCAAAUGCUGAAGCCAGAAGAACAUAUGUACACAAAGCUGAACAGGUUCCUUUUAUCGCACCAAUAUUUGGAUUUAAAGAAAGUGCCAGGAUUUUUUCACCUUUUCUACAGUUUUGAUUCCGAGCACAAAAUGGAACGUGAAUGGGCUCUAGAAAUUAUUGGGGAAGGACUCCGAGAUAAGCACUGCUAUGAGCUGUAUGAUUAUCAGAGAAUUUUCCAUGUCAUUCUGUCUUUCUUCCAUAGUCCUCUGUGUGAUGAAGCCACGCAGGAUCAAAUUCUGGAUAUACUUCAAAAGGCUGCAUCCAUCACCAAAGCUGCCUAUGAGCUAAUAAGAGAUCACAGCCUGUUAACUUGGGUAUUAUCUAUUCUAGAAAAGAGGUUUUUAGAAAACAAGAUGCUAAACCGUGUAAUCUCCUUAGUCCAUACUCUGUGGAUAACCAAUUUAGGAGAUAAGCAAAAGUCACUUGGAACAUCUUGCAAGAAGGAUCUACAAGAGAAUCAGAAAUUCCUUCCUCUCCAGCUUAUCAGUGAAUUUCUCCAUCUUUUGAUAAUGCUUCUUAAACACAUUCAAGCCAACUUGGAUCCUGCUAAGCUGAUUCAGUUUUUCAGCACAUUAAGUUCUGCAUUAGAAUAUCGUGUUGUGGUUAUUGAGGCCUUCAGAGAAAUGAACCGAUUCACUGUGAAUGAGCAUGUCCUUUCGAACAAAGAUGUUCUGCUGCUUUUGCACAUUUGGAGCAGAAUUGAAAAAGAUGAGGAACUACAAGACAAUCUGCAAACAGUUGCACAGCAAUACAAAAUUAAAGAAUUGCUUAAAAAUAUUAAAGAAAAAAACAAACCGCAAGUACAUUUUCGAACGUCGUCCCGACUUGUUCAGAAAAAGAAUGAAAUUGACAAGGCAGAAAUGACCUCUGAAUGGAAAGAGUUUUAUUUAGAGGAAUGUAGAUCUGUUCUGAGAUCUGUACUUGUCCACUGGGAACCUUUGUUUCUGAAUGUGCCAGCAAAGUAUCUAGAAGAACAGAAUGGAUACGGCAAUCCAGGUCUUACAUGUGAGAAUGCUUAUUUAGUAAUCAGAUGGCUCGUGAAGUCCCUCAUUGACGGCAGUGACAACAUACCAAAUGCACUUUUGACUUUCAGAUGGUUUAAAAAGAGUGUUUUGGGAAACAGCACAGUGGUAGAGAAGGUUCUUAAAGAUGCAACACUAAAGAGUGGUAUAUUUAAGCUUUACAGCAGCAUCUGUAAUGCAAGUGAAGAGAAGACAGUGGAAUUGAAUGAUCUCUCUCUGCUUAAUGAAAUCAUGCUUCACCUACUGGAUUUGCAAGAACUGACCAAAAGUGUUUUGCAUGGGACUGUGAAAACGCUCUGCCUAUCUGCAAUGGCAGAAGAAGACACAACGAAGAAAGCUGCUGGCAUAUCUCUCACUUCAAUUUAUAUUGGAGACAUUUGGCUGGGAGCGAAGCAACCAGACAUGUUCAUAACUCACGUUAAACUGAUAUGUGGAGCAACGGAUAGAAAGCAAAAUAAUGAUCGAAAAAUGUGGAAACUUCAAGAAGCUAUGGUUUCUCUGUGCAAAGACAUUUAUGCGUUCUUAAUUCAUCACCCUGCCUUUCAUUCUUAAGCAUCAAGUAUCCUAAUCUUUAUUUUUUUAAAAAAAAUCCAUUCUGUACAAAUCUACAGAGAAUUAUGGUGGUACUCAUCUUCUCUUUUGUACAUAAGCAACAUUAAAAUGUUGGUGUAAUGUUUUGUUUUGUUUUUUAAAAAACCUGGGUUUUGAAUAAAUAUUUCUAUUUUUUCACAGGUGGUGAAAGCUAACUUUUAUGUUUAUUUUUAUGCAAAUCAUUAAAUGCUAGAAAAGCAAAUGAACAAAACACCUGGCUUGAAGCUAGAA